GCUCAUGUAACAUUUUCUGAUCGGUUGAAGAACGAACUUCUCUUGCUGAAUAAUCUCGGACAAACCUCGCUAGUUCUUUCACAGCAAGAAAAUAUGCUGGAAGCAGUCUUCACAUUUUCUUUCGGGACCAAAAGAUUCCCAUCUCUAAUAUAACUAUCGUCACCAAAAAAACUUUUAAUUGGAAAGCAAAAAUUCGUCAUAAAAAACGCAUCCAAUCCUCGCACGUGAAAGACUCAAACCAUGGAAAAUAUGGGAAGCACGAAUCCAUUUCCCACCCCUGAUCCUCACGAUCCCUCCAUCCAACAUUGGGAAAAUGGACUCGCGCUCUACUCCAACUUCAUCACGCCUCAAGAAGAAGCCGAAAUCAUCGCUUCGAUCCAGAAAGAUGAUCGUUGGUGCGGAAUCGGUAAGCGACAGACGAUGCAUUACGGUGCGCAUUUCGACUAUACGACUUUCUGCGCGUCGGAAAUGUGGACGGAUGUUCCGGGGUGGAUUGAGAGGUUGGUGGGGCGGUUGCCGUUUCGGGAGGAGGGGGGCACGGUCGAUCAGUUUACCGUGCAGUAUUAUCCCCCUGGCACGGGCAUCCCGCCGCAUGUGGAUACGCACUCGGCGUUUGGAGAGUUUUUGUAUAGUUUGAGUUUGGGGUCGGCGGUGCCGAUGGGGUUUAAGAGGUGUGGAGAGAAUGAGGCGAGGAAGAUGAGGAGGCCGAAGAGGUCGUUGGGGGAGGGGGUGGGGUGGGGAGUGGGAGGGCGAGGGCGCAAGCGCAGGAUGAUGGGGAGGAGAAGUGGGAGGUUUGGUUGGGGGAGAGGAGUUUGUUGGUUAUGAGGGGGGAGGCGAGGUAUGGGUUUGUGCAUGGGAUUAGGGGGAGGAAGUUUGAUGGGGAGGGGGUGAAGAGGAGGAGGGAGGGAAGAUGGAGUCUUACGAUGAGGAGUGUGAAGAGAGGGGCUGAGAUGGGCUGUGAGUGUGCGUUUCCGGGGGUUUGUGAUGCGAGGGUUAGGGAGGAGAGGGAGAGGGAAGAGGAGAAAAACAAGAACGAGAAUGAAAAUGAAAAUCAAAGAGAAGGAGAAAUUCAGGAAAAACUUGAUGCUCUACCUAUAGUCCCAUCUGAAUAAAUAUAUUAAUCAAACUUAUAACA